AUGGUCUCACAGCGUGACAGAGAGUUGCUCAGGGACAAUGUUCGGAGUCAUGGGGUGAAGCUCACGGCUGCCGACCGCGCGAGUAUUCUGAAGCCAUACCUACCUGACCCGUCGGACCUCCCAUCUCGGCCAUUGCAGCGACCCCAGAAAGUCUGCCGCAAGACCCCAAUUCGAACCUUUUUAAAGUUGCAGCUGCAUCAGCUUGCAUAUGCCCUCAUCCAUAUUGUCUAUGGUAUAAUCAUACGGCUUGUUCAAAGCUACCAUGCCCUCGUGGAUCGAGUCUUCGCCGUUGUGUAUUAUCAUCACCGCACUCCGGACCUGAUCCGCAAAGAUGUGAAAGGCUUAAAGCGCUUGCCAGAGCAUCUGACCGUUGUACUAUCAUCGCGCAGAGAGGACGAUGGGCUCGCAAUAUUGAUGGAUGAGGUGGCGGAUCUCGCUGCGUGGAGCGUAAGCUCUGGGAUCCCCAUGUUGAGUAUCUAUGAGAAGAGCGGUGUCCUGAAGUCGUGCAUUCCGGCGCUACACCAAGUGAUUGUGAAUAAAUUUUCUUCCUAUUAUGGCCCUCUAUCGCAACAACCGACUCUCCGGCUUUUCGCCCCUCAUCAUCCCGUAUACGAACCACCGCAAGAUGGAAUAUCUGCCCGGAAAACAAACACCGAUACUCUUACCGUACUUCUAGUAUCCGCUACGGACGGAAGGGAAACCCUGGUUGAUCUGACCAGAACACUCACAGAGAUGUCUCAAAAUGGAAAACUGUCAUCAGCGGAUAUCACUACAGAGUUGAUUGAUGCCGAAAUAAGUGAAAUCACCACACAACCUUUGCAGUCAAAUUCACCGAGACUCGCGGAUACACAGACGAACACGCAUCAUCCUAUUCUGUCAAUAAAGCCCGAGCCAGAUCUCUUAUUGGUGUUCGCACCUUACCUGAGAUUGGAUGGUUAUCCACCCUGGCACAUUCGACUCACUGAAAUGUUUUGCACUGGCGGCAAAAGCAGCGGUAGGACUGGGUAUGGCGAGGCUGUUGAAUACCAGGGCUAUCUCAGGGGUUUGUGGCAUUACGCUGGGGCCCAGAUGCGAUUUGGCCGGUAA